AAGGCGAUCCCUUGGCUGAAUUCCUGACGGUGUCCUUGGGUCAGAGCAGUGGUGCAACUGUAGCGUCACUGUAGCGUUGCUGGUGCCUAGUGUCCCUUGUACAGCGAGGGUAUAUUAGUUGUGUUGUGGUGAAGGAUGUCAUUUGCUUCUUUACGUCUACAAGUAAUCGCUAACCACCUGGGUGAUCCUUUAGAGGUUACAACAAAAGCUGCAUCUAAGUCAACAAUGUCAGACAAUCCACUUACCAGUCAUGUACUUGACACUGCCACAGGGCAGCCUGCUGCCAACAUGAGGAUAGUUCUUCACAAACUUCAAGGAGACACCUGGCAAGAGAUUACUACAAAAAAUACUAAUUGUGAUGGAAGGGCUGGAUAUUUUAUUCCUAAAGAAGCAUUUACCCAAGGAACAUAUAAGAUGUUAUUUGAUACAGGAGCAUAUUUCAAGAAGCUUGCAGUGAAAGGCUUCUAUCCUUAUGUAGAGAUCGUGUUUGUCAUUGAAAACCCUGGAGAACAUUAUCAUGUUCCACUGCUCAUUAGUCCUUAUGGCUAUUCCACGUAUCGAGGUAGUUGAGGUGUAAAGUUGCAAUAAGCUCGACAUCCAUCCCAAUAUAUUAGUGUCACAUUGUUGUAUAUUCAAGUGCAAUAACAAUACAUAUUUAAGAACACUCUUUUGAAUUAUUGUUGUACUAAUAGAUUAUUCUGUUUGUUGAGAAUUUUACUGAAUUUUCUGUACUUUGGAGAACCGUCAUCCAGAUACAGAAGCUGAAGAAAUUAAUCUGGAAAAAGGUGCAUCUUCUGUUAGGUAGUAAGAAGAAUUAAGAUGGGUAUUUACAACAAACUUAUGACUCCAUUUAGUGAAUGAGGCUGGGACCAUUAAUAAAAAUAGUUAUAUUAUUACUGUAACAAGUGUUUGCAGCUAAACAACACACAAUACAUAGAAGGACUGGUUGUAUUAGAUAUGUACUCUGUUCCAAAUAUGUGGUAUGUAUGAAAUGAAGAAAAGAAAAUGAGAUAACAAAGAAAUUAU